AUGAGACAAGAGUUCGCACUGCUUAGGCAACUCGUUGAGAAGAUGAGGAAGGACAACAGCGACUUUAGGCAAAUCUAUCAACACAAUUCGGAUUGGAAUCGUAAACGAGAAGAAACAAAAUCGGCCGACCUCAGCCUCAUACUCACAAACUGGAGCAAACUGAGACUGCUGCUGCUGAUAACACCCGCCGCACAUUGGUUAGCGGAGAAUGUCCUCCUUACCGUUGGCGGCCGCAGCCCCAAAAAGCUUAUACGGCAUAUACAGGGUGUCCACGAAGUCUGGUGGAAGCUUCUUGCAUGCCGUUCAGAAGCCGUCCGACAACAUCCACAUUUACGGAAUGUUGACGAAGAGGUCCUUCGGAACACCGUCAUAGAAUGGUUUCACGGGUCUCGGGACCGCUAUGGUAGGGUCCGAGGGAAACGGAAGGAUGUUGUCCAGGGAGGCGCCCUAGACUUCCUGAACUCCGAGGACACGGAACCCGCAGAAUAUGAGGCAGGCUCUUCACACUAUGAACACCCUUUUAUAACUGAACCAAACAGUGAACAGUGA